AGGCAGCGCAUCGGCUUGCCGAGCCGCAGCUCGCGGCCCCUGCGAGGCAGCUGCUCAGACUGGCCACCGCGACCGCGCCAGCGCUGAAGGCGCACAGGGCGAGCCUCGAGAAGUUCGAGAGCAGGGUCAAGAGCGCCUGGAUCUUGCUGAGGACGAAGGGCUCGGAGAAGUGCAACCUGCUCCCAGAGGGCCGCAAUGCUUUCGCCAGCUGGGAGAAACGAGCCCCAGGCCAAGUUCGAGACGGCCUCCCAGAGGCAGCGAUGGGGCUGCUGGUGAACUGGAUGCUCUCCAACGACCGCAAGGAGUCCGCGUGCGUGGUGGUGCUGCAGCACGACGGGUGCAUGAGGCCGUCGGAGGCGCUCAGCCCGAUCAAGGUCAACAUCGCGCCGCCGCAGCCCCAG